AAAAGCACCCACUUAGUUAAAGAUAGGCAUUCAAAAACAUUUAAGAUUUUCAACAAUGAAGCUGUUCGCUCUGUGCUGCCUGCUCAUUCUGGGCCUUUUGAGCUGCCUUCCCACUCCCGGUGAGGCAUCGCCAUCUCGUCACACUGGACCAGGAUCUGGACCCCGAAAUAAUGGAAGCCCCUUCAGCUCUCCGCAAGCACCUCCUCGACCAAUUAUCUACGAUUCUCCAGUGGGUCCCAGACCAAAAACCAUGUACGCUUAGGAACAAACAAUGUUACAAUAAACGAUUUUGAAUUUGCAGAAA